CUUUGAACAAGCUGUGUAACGUGAAGAAUAGAAAAAUAAAAAUGAAGACUUGGCUGUAUGGGCUUUUGACCCCUUUGCCUGUCCAGAUGGACGAACAGAACCAAAAAAAAAAUAAAAAAUGUUUGUAGUUUGUACUUUGCUUUGUAAUAUUUUGUACUGGUUGUGUAGGUACAAAUAACUUUUUUUAACUCAUAACUCGCCGCUUCGGGGUUAUGAAAUUUCACAAGUUUUAUUUUGUUAAAUGAUCUUAAAUUUUAUUAUGAAAUGGUUUUAAAUGGAAGAUAGAUGCACUUAAGAAAAGAAAAUACAUUAUCACUCUUCAAUUAGACGUGCAAAUAAUUGUUAUUUGCCUAUAAAAUGUCAUCUAAUAGUAGUUAUUCUCUAGUGCAACGUACAAUCGACCUUAAUUAUGCUAAUAAAAAACGAGCAAAAUCAAUAAAAUGGAUUUGUGUGAAUGCUAUCUUUUUAGUUAUAUUUACCUACGAUUUGUCAUAUAAGUGUCCAGGAUACACAUCAGUUCUACAUUAUGUAGAGCUCAUUUGUGCAGGAGUGUUGGCAGCCAAUCUGGUACAGCAUAUGCUGCAGCUAUUGCCCAGGAGAGCUAAACCUGUUCCUCUAUCUAAGGAACAACUCAAGCUGCUUGGACUCAGUCAGACUGACUUAGAUUCCUCUUUCAUUGUAUCGGACGGGCUGAAUAUCAGCAGCGCUCAACGGAGCGCUAGUGAUGAAAGUGUGUGGUCGGUGUCGGACGCGGACCUGUCCCUCUCGCCGCGGUCGUGGCGCUCGUCCCCCGCGCCUGCCCCCGUGUCCUCCUCGUCCCCCGCGCGCCGCUCUCCCUCCCCCCACACCUCAAGCCCCGGCUCACCCUCCAGGAGGGGCGUCUCCUCGACAGGCACGAGUCCUUCGCGAACCUCCUUCUCAUUUGGGGACUACAGCACUGACAACUUUAUUGCAGACAGAACUUCACUUACAGAAUAUCUCAAACACUAUGAAGAGCGAAGCAGUAUAGAGUACCCGGUGAACGCCGCCGCCGCUACGUGGAACAUUCCUCCUCCCACCUACCAGCUGGCCACACUCGAUAAUGAAAUGAGCAUCAAAUCAGAGGAGGGUUCUCCGCAGGGUUCACCGGAGCUGUGGUGGCAGCUGGAUGUGGACCCACAUAAACUAACACAGUACAACCUCAACCUCAGACUGUGGAUCCACGUGACCAUCCUGGAGCGGCUGGUGCGCGAGCUGGAGCGCGUGGACGAGGAGCUGUGGCGCGCGGCGGCGGCGGAGCGCGGCGAGCUGCGGGCGGGGCUGCCGCUGGACCGCCUGCGGGCGCUGCCGCGGUGUGCGGCGCUGCUGCCCUUCCUGGAGCCCUACGUGGAGCAGCGCUACGUGGUGCCCAGGAUCAGAGAGCUGGCCAAGGGUGGGUGUAUGAGCGCAUACCGGUGGAACGGUGGCGGAGCGGACUGGGAUGAGGCCAAGCCCACCGACUCAGAGCUGGUGCUCCACCUAGUGGCCACAUACCUUGACACCCAGACGAUGGAAGGCAUCGGCGGCAGUGCGGGCGCGGGCGGGAGCGGUGGCUGCCGCACGUUCAGCUCGGAGUACCUGGCGGGCGGGCCGGGCUGCGAGCUGGGCCUGGUGCGCGUGGCGCCGCGGCCCGCGCCGCAGUGGGCGCUGGUGGCGGCGGGCGCGCGCGUGUCCCUGCCGCGCGGCCGCAACAACCUGCUGUACGGCCUGCUGGCGCUGCUGGCGGCCGCGGCGCGCCGCUCGCCGCCCGCCCUCCUGCGCACGCACCUGGGCCCGGCCGGCCUCAACAUGCUGUGGAUCAUCGGCCGGUGACGCCCGCCGGAAUAAACUCACGCUUACUACUACUAUGCCUAUUAUUUCACCGACUCCCUGUUUGUAGCAUCCUACCUUUACUAUUUCAUUCCGUCCUAGCGACCCGGCUAUACGCGGAUGUAAUAUACAAUUGAUGACGUGAAAAUGUGAAAUUUAUUGUGUUGUUCAAUACUUUGUCAUUGUACCGACUGAUACUGUCAUAAUCUAUACAGUGCCGAGUCGGAAAAACUUGAUGACUCAUUAGAGGAUGUUUGGGUGGUUGCAUAAAAUUGUCUAUUCUUUCAGCUGGGCUAUGGUUAGCUGCAGAAGUGAACUCAAUUUGGAAGUCAGAUAUUUUCUUGUUUUUGGAACCUCAUCUUGUUAGAUGGAACCAGGUAUUUGAUGUUACCUUUGUUUGUGAUGCUUCAGCAACUAUUUAGCCCUACAUAGUAUGUCACGACGUCUCAAUACAGUUAAUAUAAUUUACGCUUUCUUAAAUAUCAUCCUCACCAUCUGGAUAUGUGACGUUUUGUUUUUCAAAUUUUAUUUGUGUAUUAAUCCUAGAAGUGAUCCAGUUUAAAAAAACAACAUAUUGUUUAGAUUUACAAGAGCGACAUCUCAAGUCAAUUUCCUAAUACGAGGGGCAAACUGAAAUGAUCGGGAAUAAGAUAAACCACAUGUACGGUAAAGCUAAAUUGUAUUUUAUUGUUUUUCUAGGUAUUCUCCGUUGAACUUAAUGCACUUUUCCAUUCGUGCAAACCAAUCGUUAAAACAGUAAUUCCAGUCUGAAGUUGAUAUUGACAGAAUGGCUGAUUUUUACGCUUCCACAGCUGCUUCGGGGUCUUCAAACCGUUGACCGCGUAAUAAAUCUUUCAUUCUAGCGAAUGUAAAGAAAUCGAUUGAGCUCAGGUCAGGACUGUACGGAGGAUGGCCCAUCAGCUCAACGUUUUCCUGCUUCAAAAAAUCAUUUCUCUCCGAGCCGUAGCUCGCAUUUUCGUGAUGUAAGAUGAUGCGACGUUUUGGGUUAUUUUUGCGGAGUUCGGCUGUCAUUUCUGGCAAACAAACCGUGAUAUACCACUCAGCGGUAGCCGUUCUGCGAUCCUGUAAAGGAAUUGUAGCAACGUGCCCCUUUUUCGAGACAAACGUAGCGAACAUUUUCUUUGACACGCUGCGGGAGCGAACCACUUUCGUUGGUUAGACCUCGUCUUCGAAGGCCCAAACUGCUGACUGAUGUUUUCUAUCAGGUUCGUAUGAAUAAAUCCAUGAUUUCUGAUUCCAAACGGCAUUUGACUUCCCUCCGUUGAAGCGUUGCAGAGUAUUCCGGCACCAAUCUACACGAGCCGCCUUUUGCUUUUCGGACAAAUUGUGGGGUACCCAUCGGGAAACUAGCUUUCUUACACAAAGUUCAAUAUGUAAUAUCGACUGAAUUGCACUCAUUCCGAUACUGAUAACAGCCUGAAUCUGCUCGUAUGUCACAUGACGGUCAACUAAUACACUAGUUCGCACAGCUGCGAUGUUUUCAGGCGUGACCGCUGUUCUUGGUCCACCUGCAGAAGAAACAGUGCUGAGCGACACACGAUCGUGUCGGAACUCGGCAUACCAGCGGUAUAUUGUCGUUUGACUCGGUGCUUCAACAUCAUAAAUCGAAACAAGUUCGCUGAGACAUUGAUCUUGAGAUACGCCGCGACGAAAAUUGUGAUAAAUUAUGGCACGGAAAUGUUCACGCGUGAGCUCCAUUUCUUCACUUUGAGUAAUAUUUAUAUUAAUAAACACGUGAUUAUUAAAACCCUUUUGUCUCGAUCCUUCCAAGGGGGCUGGCCCUGACGGGAUCCCACCAGUAUUUAUCAAAAAAUUAAAAUUCAAAAAGUUUUCAUUAGCAAUGUUUCUAACCGGCCAGUUCUAAGCAUUUUCAGUGUUACCCACGUAUUUCUUGAAUUUAUGUUCAGUGACGUUACGCCGGACUCUUACCAGCUAAAAACCAGCGGUGUUCCUCCUCAACAUCUUCCGGCUGAGCUGCGGGAACGCGUUGGGACACUUCCGCUGCUCCUUUGCUAAGUUACUGAUACUUGGGCCCCAUUGUCAUUUACUACCUAUGACAAUGCCAAGAAAAAUAGUCGAAUCGACAAAUCUGCGUUUUAGAAACUAGCAUAACCUUGACCUCUGGUCGCUUGACAUUUGGUAGUUGAAACCGAAUACAUUUUUUUUACUAUUUAAAAAUUUGUGAACUAAUUUAAUACUUUCAACACAGUAUCAUUAAUUUUGAAUAAACGUGACGUGUCAACAGUUAAUAAAACUAUAUUCCCGAGUUUCUCUACCAUAAAUGGAAGAUAGGUUUAUAUUAUAUUAUAGACAUAUAUAGAAAAGAUAAAUGAGCCAGGGACGAACCCAGUGGCACCCCUAUCUGGACAUCGGAGCAUUUUUGUUGCAUACUGCAAAUGUCUACAAACUGUUUACGACUCUAUAAGUAAGAAGUUAUUAAUUUCAAAGCAAAAUAGCAAAGACCAUAAAACUUAAGCUUAGGUAAAAGGGUACUAAAACCCACGCAAUCAAAAGCCGUCGAAAGGCCAUAGAAAAUAGCUAUUGCAUCAUAGGAGUCCUCCGAAGAUUGCUUUAGUAUUCGUUUUUCAAAGAUUAUACACCGGUAGAAUUGCAAUAGGCCGGUAGUUGUUGGUUUUCUCGGUGCUCCUGAAUUAAAUAGUGGUAUAAGUUUACUUAGCUUUAUAUGCAUGAUUUUUUUUAUGAUUUAAAUUAGACAUUUACAUCUAUAAUACAAUAAAAUAUUCAAAUUAUUUUUUAAAGUUUUAAACAUUGAAUAAAUUUGAACCGUUCAAACGCCACCAUUUUGCAUGCAUGACAUGAUUUACUGCGAUAGCUAUAGUGUUUGUCUCACGGCCGUUUUCAAUAACGUAUCUAAUUACGGGUACAUUUCUGUCACCGUUUAAGGACAAGAUCUUAUCUAUCCAUAGUUAUGUCCAAUAUAUGUAGUUAUAGUCCAAUGCUUUAUGUCGAUAGGUUAUUGAAAUGUAAGUAAGCGUAAAAGGAUAGAUUUGUCUACGUCUAGUAAGUUAAACUAAGGAUAGAUAGGUUAUUGAAAACGGCCGUAAGAUAGUGCAAGUACAUAAACAUAGUGUACCUGAAUUGAAAUAUAUUUUCCUCAUUUUACUCAA